UUCCUUACUAGUUACUAUGUUUUAAAAAUCUGACUAUUCUGCUGCCUAAUAUCAACAAAACUGGCAAAUAUAACAAGCUGAUGAUACAUUCCUCCCAAAGUCACUUGUCUGUUGUAAAAGUCUACAUAGCUUUAAAGACCACGUAGCCCAUAGGUAAGGCCUCCUCUGCAGAUCGAUCGAUUAGUAUAAAAGCGCCGCCUACUGACCAAUCACCUCUCACGGAAGAUGGCGUCGGCACGUGUGGAGCAUCCUGCGGACUCAGUUGCGUGGGCGGGAGAAGAUGAGAUCCACUUGGGACCUGUGUCUUUUGCCUCAGAAGAUGCAGAUAAUGACAUCAGGGAAAUACCCCAUCCUUGCCCACUUAGAAAAUACUGACGGAGCAUGCAGACCCUUAUACCCUUCCGCUGUUCCUCACCAGAGUCCCAUGCUGUAGAUAAUGCAGGUUUAAUAUCAUUUUCAGUCUUUUUGUGGAUGAUCCCCAAAAUGUAGGCCAUGUUCAAGAACAGGCUGGAUACAUCCGACCUACACCUGUCUCCUUUUGAUGUAGCAGACAUUAGCGCAAAAAGGCUCCAGAGGCUAUGGAAUGAAGAAGUGGCAAGGAGAGGUUUGGAGAAUGCCUCACUAAUUUGGGUGACUCCUCGUUUUCAAAGAACCAGACUUAUUCUGUCCGCCCUUGUCUCUAUUCUUGCCAUGUUGGCGGCCUUUUUGGGGCCGGCGGUCGUCGUUUAUAAGAUCUUAGACUACGUUAGUGACCCAGGAGAAACCAGUGGUGUUGGUUUGGCUUUUGCAUUGUUCACCACAGAGUUGCUCAAAACUUCCAUGAUAUCCUUGCAGUGGGCAUUAACACUGCGUACGGCCAUCAGAUUGAAAGGUGCCUUAUGCUCUUUGGGCUUCCAGAAAGUCACAUCUCUGCGAGUACUUGGCGACGUCUCAAACGGAGAGAUUCUUAAUAUUUUGACCAAUGUUGGACACACGGUUUUUGAGGCAGUUGUGAAUGGGAGCUUUGUGAUGUCCACCCCUGUACUCUUUGUUGCGGGCAUUUGUUAUGCCUGGAACAUUCUGGGCUACACCGCACUUAUCGGAGUCUUCAUCUACCUCAUCUUUAUUCCCAUUGAAUAUCUCUUGGCACAUCUCACAAAUGUAUUCAAAACAGAAGCCAUGGUAAUAAAAGACAGACGUGUUCAUACAAUGACUGAGAUUCUCAACAGCAUUAAGCUAAUCAAGAUGUACGCCUGGGAAGAUUCUUUUGAGAUGAAGAUAGCAGAGUUGAGGAAACUUGAAAAGAAACUAAUACAGAAGAUCGUUGAAAUCCAGAGUAUUAAUAGCAGCGUGACCAUGGGCAUCAGCACCAUUGCCACUGUUUUCACCUUUCUCAUCCACACUUUGUUGGGGUUACCACUGAAAGCAUCUGACGCUUUUACCGUUGUUGCCAUCUUCACCUCCAUGAGGUUCACUUUUGCUCUCAUGCCGAUUGCUGUGAAGGCCCUCGCUGAGGCUUUUGUGUCACUAAAACGAUUUAGGAAAAUCUUACUGAUCCAGAAUCCUGAGCCUUACCUGAUGCAAAUAGCAGGCAGUAACUCUGCUAUUGUGAUGAGAAAUGCUACACUUUCAUGGACCAAACGCAGCCAGUUAGAGGCACCGUCCAGAGCAGCUAAUGAGGUGACGGAACACAAUAUGGACGUGACUUCUCCAAAUGAAAAUGUUGAGACCUUACCAACCCUCAGAAACAUCUCUUUUACACUACCCAAGGGAAAACUGCUUGGUGUCUCUGGGAAUGUGGGUAGCGGAAAGACGUCACUGAUUUGCAGCAUUUUGGAACAGAUGCACCUUCUUCAGGGCUCCAUCACAGCUGAUGGGACAUUUGCGUAUGUUUGCCAACAGGCCUGGAUUUUUCAUGGAAUUGUUCGAGAAAAUAUUCUUAUGGGGGAACCUUUUGAUCAGGCCAGAUAUGACAGAGUUGUGGAUAUCUGUAGCCUCGGAGCUGACCUAAGCAUCCUGCAAUAUGGUGACCAAACUGAGAUUGGCGAGCGGGGUCUAAAUCUAUCAGGGGGACAGAAGCAGAGAAUCAGCCUGGCAAGAGCAGUCUAUUCCAACAGGGACAUUUUCCUCCUUGAUGACCCACUAUCUGCUGUUGACGCUCAUGUGGGGAAACACAUUUUUGAAGAAUGUAUAAAGAAAGAGCUGAGAGGAAAAUCCAUCGUACUGGUUACACAUCAGCUCCAGUAUUUGGAGUUCUGUGAUGAGAUCCUGGUUCUGGAAAACGGAACAGUAUGGGAGUCUGGAAACCACAGGGAUCUGAUGAGAGCCAAUGGACGCUAUACUCAGCUCAUCAGUACCUGCCAGAUGGAAGAGUCCAAAACGAAGAAAAAGGAAGAUGGGAACAUGGCACUAGCAUCAUUUAUUGAUGGCCAGUCGGAAGAGAUUGACCUCAGACAUUGUGCAAGCACUGGCACUGAGAACCCUGCUGCUGUCCCAGCUGGUAGUGAGCUAGUGAGUCAGGAGUCCUCUACAAACGGUGCCAUCUCCUGGAGAACAUACCGCACAUACUCCCAGGCAGUUGGAGGCUACACAGUUUCCUUCUUUAUCCUCCUGAAUGUGUUCCUGUUGGCAGGAUCCAGUGUCUUCAGCAAUUGGUGGUUUAGCUUCUGGAUGGCAAGUGGUGAUGGGUCAUCCAGUAACACAACUGCAGUCCAGGGAGAAAUCUCUCAAAAUCCACACCUUCACUUCUACCAGGUUAUUUAUGCUGCAACAGUGGUUGUCAUUGUACUUUCCAUUGUGAAAUCCAUAAUCUACACUUAUUUCACCUUGAAGGCCUCCUGCAAAUUCCAUGACAUGCUGUUCAAAAAGAUUGAUAGUCCAAUGUGUUUCUUUGACACAACUCCAACGGGCCGACUUCUAAAUCGUUUCUCUAAAGAUCAAGACGAAGUGGAAACUGUCCUUCCUCUUGUCAUGGAUUCUUUCUUCCAGUGUUCUCUACUCGUCGCAUUCACAAUUGCUGUCAUCUCAGUUAUUUUCCCCGCCAUGCUUGUAGUUGGAGUUAUUAUGGCAGCUUUUGUUGCCUUUACUGUCUUUAUAUUCCAGAAGAGUAUACGUCAUAUGAAGAAUCUAGAAAACAUCAGUCGCUCUCCAUGGUUCUCUCUAACCACCUCAACUUUGCAUGGCCUCAGCACCAUCCAUGCCUAUAAUAGAAGAGACAGCCUUAUAGAACAGUUCAAUAUCUUGAGUGAUAUCAACUCCAAAUACCUUUUCAUGUUUAGUGCUGGCACACGUGCAUUCGCCUUCUGCCUGGAAUUGAUGGCUGCUACUACAACACUGUUUGUGGCUCUCUUUGUAGUGCUCAGCAGUAACGACUUAAUCAGUCCAUCCUUGAAAGGCCUCGCAAUAUCCUAUUCCUUGCAGUUGACAGGCAUGCUUCAAUAUGUAGCCAGACUCUCGAUAGAAGUGGAAGCAAGAUUCAACUCAGCAGAACGGCUCCAGGAAUAUGUCACGGAUUGUAAGUCUGAGGCUCCCAGGCAUGUUAAGGAGACUCAGAUCCCACAGGACUGGCCUAGCAGUGGGGGCGUCUCCUUCGUAGACUAUAAGAUGAGGUACAGAGAGAAUACACCAAUUGUCCUGAACGGCAUUGAUUUCCACAUUCAACCUGGAGAGAAGCUGGGCAUCGUGGGAAGGACUGGUUCUGGGAAAUCCUCUUUAGGAGUAGCUCUAUUUAGACUUGUGGAGCCUGCAGCAGGAACCAUACUGAUAGAUGGGGUGGACAUCAUGUCCAUUGGCCUGCAAGACCUGCGUAGCAAAUUGUCUGCGAUUCCUCAGGACCCUGUGCUAUUUGUUGGUACAGUCAGGUACAACUUGGACCCCUUUAAUAAAUACACUGACGAGGAGAUCUGGGCAGCGCUCGAGAAGAGCUACAUGAAGGACUCGAUCUCAAAGCUGGAGGGGAAGCUUGAAGCACAUGAUGGAGAAAACUUCUCCGUAGGCCAGAGACAGCUGAUCUGUAUGGCUAGAGCCUUACUCCGUAACUCCAAGAUCAUUCUUUUGGAUGAAGCCACUGCCUCCAUAGAUGCAGAGACGGAUGCUCUGAUCCAAAACACCAUCCAAGAAGCCUUCCGUAAUAGCACUAUGCUCACGAUAGCUCAUCGGAUCAGCACUGUGAUGCAAGCAGAUCGUAUUCUGGUCAUGGACAAUGGACAGGUAACAACCCCAAAUAUGCACAGAUUAAGUAAAUAUGAGGAUUCAUGAAUGACAAUCAUUGUAUUGGGGGGGAGGGAUCAACCUAAGAAGAGCAGCAUACACAAAAGCACCCAACAUUCUUAAAACCAAUUUCAAAGUCAGCUUAAAUACGCCCUGGAGUGCAUCCAUUGGCUACAGGACUCAGAACUCAGCCAAUAGGAUCAGCAGGUGGGAAUGGUGGAACUAAGAGGUCAGAACCUGUCACUCAGCCAAUAACUGAGUUUUAUUUACGCUAGCAGAUUUUUUUUGUUUAUUUGUUGUGACAUCUUUGAGUUUUUCAUUUGUUUUGUUUUGUAAACUGAUGAUGAUGAUGAUGAUGAUGAUGAUGAUGAUAAUAAUAAUAAUAAUAAUAAUAAUAAUAAUAAUAAUAAUAAUAAUAAUAUUAUUAAUAAAUUGCUUGCUUUUCUUUUACGUCAUCUGCCCUGUAUAUGUGUUGUCUCCUCCACCACCUCACCUUUUGAUCCCGAGCCUUAAAGUUAAAAAAGAACAGUAUCUCUAACAUUACAUUUACUGGUUAGAGUAAAACAUCUGAAAUUGUUUUUUGAAAUAGAAAUAAAUCUAGCAUAGAUUUACAUUGAAAGGUUAAGCGUGCUAGCUCUCCUCACAGCACCUAC